CACUUGAGGUCAUGAGUUUGACAGCAGCCUGGCCAAUAUGCUGAAACCUUGUCUCAACUAAAAAUACAAAAAUUGGCCGGGUGUGGUGGCACACUCCUGUGGUCCCACAUACUCAGGAGGCUGAGACAAGAGAACUGCUUGAACCCAAGAGGCAGAAGCUGCAGUGAGCCAAGACUGUGCCACUGCACUCCAGCCUGGGCAACAGAGUGAAACUCUGUCUCAAAAAAACAAAUAUUUCUGUAUGUCCACAAUGAACUUGCUGAAAAUUAAAUCAAGAAAACAAUCCCAUUUAUUAAUAUAAUAGUUAUAAGAAUAACCUCGAAGCAAAUUUAACUAUGAAGUGAAAGACCUCUACAACAAAAAGUGCAAAACACAGUCUAAAGAAAUUGAAGACAACAUAAACAAAUAAAAAGAUAUUUGCAUGCUCAUGCAGUGGAAGAACUAUUGUUAAAAUGGACAUACUUUCCAAAGCAAUCUACAGAUUCAAUGUAAUCUACAGAUUCAAUACCAUCCCUACUGAAAUACCAGUCAGUUUUACUUAAGCAGGAAAAAAAUCCUAAAAUUUGUAGGGAACCACAAAAGAUCCCAAAUAGCCAAUGCAAUCUAUAGCAAAAGAACAAAGUGGAAGAAUCAAACUUUGAAAUAUACCACAAAGCUGUAGUAACCAAAAACAGCAUGACUGUCAUAAAAACAGACUUAUAGACCAAUGGAACGGAAGAGCGAACUCACAAAUAAAUCCAUGUAUUUAUAGUCAACUGAUGGUUGACAAAGGUGCCAAGAACAGACAUUAGGAAAAGGACAUCCUGUUCAAUAAAUGGUGCUGGAAAAACUGGAUAUCCACAUACAGAAGAAUGAAACUAGACUGUAUCUCUCACCAUAUAAAAAAAUUAACUUGCUUUUCCUCCUCGGCUGUCUAAGGAUAGGCCGCCAUCAUGAACGACACAGUAACUAUCCGCACUAGAAAGUUCAUGACCAACCGACUACUUCAGAGGAAACAAAUGGUCAUUGAUGUCCUUCACCCCGGGAAGGCAACAGUGCCUAAGACAGAAAUUCGGGAAAAACUAGCUAAAAUGUACAAGACCACACCGGAUGUCAUUUUUGUAUUUGGAUUCAGAACUCAUUUUGGUGGUGGCAAGACAACUGGCUUUGGCAUGAUUUAUGAUUCCCUGGAUUAUGCAAAGAAAAAUGAACCCAAACAUAGACUUGCAAGACAUGGCCUGUAUGAGAAGAAGAAGACCUCAAGAAAGCAACGAAAGGAACGCAAGAACAGAAUGAAGAAAGUCAGGGGGACUGCAAAGGCCAAUGUUGGUGCUGGCAAAAAGCCGAAGGAGUAAAAGGUGCCGCAAUGAUGUUAUCCAUGGCCGUUGUGGAUUUUUCACGAGAAGCUUAUUAAUAAACUAAAAACUU